GGCGAGUAUUUGUCCUCACACCCGACCUGAUGUACUCCACUGGUCUUUAUGUGUGUAUGUACGUCUCAGCGUCCUUACGGGUUGACUUCAGCGAAAUUAAACUUUUCACAUCCUACAGACGUCAAUACCACACCGCUAAUUUUGGAAAGCUCACAAUCCAAACAAGGGUAAAUAGAACUGUACUCAUGACUGAAAAGAUAUUGAGUGAAGUGUAAUGAUACUCUUCAGGAUAACUGGUUACUUGUAUGCUAAAUUAUUGAAAUAAUAAGGUUAGGCUUUGGUUUAAAACAGCUUAAGGUUAAUUGGAUGUAAUUAGAACAAAUAUUGCGGUUGGUUAGGCAGAGAUUGGGGUUAACUUAAACAAAGACUAUGGUUAGGGAUUCAAAUUCGUCUGUUUUACAGCACAGUUGUUCGUUCUCCGCCUCUUGAGUGCAUAAAAGUUGGACUUUGCCUUGACUCAGUAAUUUCACUUCUAUGUCUGUUCUUGCAUUCUUCAAGGUGCCCUUUUUACACCAUGUUGACGUUAAUCUAUAAGGAAUAUCAGAAUGUAAAAUCGCAAAGGAAAGCUCAAUUAGAAAGUAAGAAGCAAGUCAUGCUGACAUCAAUCAACCAAGUUUCAAAUGAAUUAUUGGCUAAAAUUGAUGAAAAUGUUUCAAAGGCCUACAUAAAUCAACAUCGAUUAAAUAGUGAAUUCAAAGAGUUAGUCUCACAAUUACACAUUUAUCAGAAUCAUGUUAACCUGUGGUUGAAAAUGGUAACGGAUAUACGAAGUUCACUGAAGGAAUUAGGCGAUGUUGAAUGUUGGUCAAUGAAAAUGGAAGAAGAUGCAAUGCUGAUUGACCAUUGUUUACAAUCAGUUCUUAGUCGUUACUAA